UGAUUUUAGUUUUUACACAUAUGUUCUAUAAAUUGAUAUUAGUUUUAUUAAUUUAACUUAUUGUACAAACAUCAUUUUGUAAUGCCAAAUAAAUCUAAAUUGUAGCAUUAUUAGGUUUUUUUUACGAAAAUGGAUGAAAAAUAUUCUGAUGGAUUAUCGCUCUAUAAUAGCAAAUCAUCUUCUUAUCCCCCAAAAUUCCUAGCCUAUUCAUCUCUGUUGGUAAUUGUCAAGCUGUUAAGAUGCAUAGGAGUCUUUUUUAUAUAUGACCUUUUAAAAGUUGUCCACUAUGUACAAAUCCUCUUCAUCAUACAGCUAUGUGGAGCUGCUUGUUUUGUCAUGUUACAGAAACCAUUUUCAGGCAGGAGGAUAACAAAAUAUCAGUAUUUCAGAUUGGCCAGACACAGUUUUUUUGGGACACUGAUAAAGUUGUUGUGGCUGUAUGGGUUGACAUUAUGUGGACCACUCAGAACACUUCUGAUGUUUGAACAUAGCGAUAUCAUCAUCAUCUCAGUUGCAACUGCACUCUUCACUACUGGAUCAUCUCCAGCUAAAACACGUGGAGCCAUCAUGUUCAUUCUGGCAUUCCUCUGCAUCAUGUUACUGGAUCAUGAUCUGGAAAAGGAAAACUUACAGCACCACCAUUCUAAUUCUCUUGAAGGUCCCUCCUCCUCCUCUUCCACCUCACUGAAAGACCGACACGAAAGUUUCAUGACGCAUCUCAUCGACCACGUCAUCAACCUCACCGGCCUCUCAGACCACAAGGGGGGUGUAAUACUGAUGGCCAUAACUUUGUGUUCAUCUGUCUGCUACAAUGUGGCCUCUAAAAGCUUAUCACUGGAUAUUGAAGGUUCAAAGAAGAUGAACGCCAUUUCAACUCUCAUCUCAUCUGUUAUACUUCUUCCAUGGUUCCUCUUGGUCACAUAUACAGACGAGGUCAUCUCUGUCUCGUGGUCGUCCAUUCUUUUGCCGCUAAUUUUUGUAUCAUUAUCAGUUGUGGUCAUUGACUAUUAUGUCGAGGCAAUCUGUCUCACAAAACUGGAGUCCACAAAAACGAUUCAGAUAUCGAGUUGCGUUGUUCUGGUUGGAGCGGUUGUCAUUGCAUCGUUGUGGGAUCAUCCCUACGUUGCAAACGUCUACAGCAACAUCAAUGCAAAUGUCGAAAGCAUGCUCGUUCAACACGAACAUCAACUCUCUAUUGGAGUCAUUCUAAGUGUCAUAUUUUUUGCCUAUGCAUUGUACAUAUUAACGAAACCGUCGAAACGAAGUCGAGGCAGUCUGGUGGGUUACUGGGCGGGUGGUCCACUUUACAGUUAUGCUGGCGAUGCUCUCCACCGAACAUCUCAUUCCUUCUUCAUCAUUGCUAAGAACGUUCUACACAAGAUACUCGAGGAAUCUGAUUCUAGGAAAAUAUUUUACUAUCUAUGUGUCAAUCUUUCAUUUACAUUUGUUGAAUUGGCUUACGGGGUCUGGACAAACAGCCUGGGCCUUAUAUCAGAUGGCUUUCACAUGUUCUUCGACUGCUCAGCUCUCGUGAUGGGCUUGUACGCUGCUGUUAUGAGCCACUGGAAGGCCACAAGAAUAUUUUCAUUUGGGUACGACAGAGUUGAAAUCUUAUCUGGAUUCAUCAACGGAUUGUUCUUAAUGGUCAUUGCUUUCUUUGUUUUCAUUGCUGCCUUGUCUCGUCUGCUCGAUCCGCCGGACAUUAAAACUGAUAAGUUACUUUUUGUCUCCGUAGCGGGUUUCUGUGUCAAUCUGGUUGGGAUUGUGGCAUUUAGGCACACACACUCACACGGUGGAACUCCCUGUCAUAGUUCAUCUAGUCCUGGCAGCCAUCCACAUCACCAGGAGCGUCCUCAUUCACAUUCGCACUCAAGUCACGGUCACUCACACGGAGGUCACAGUCACUCACACGGAGGUCACAGCCAUUCAGAAUGUUCGUCCGAGUCACCUUCAAGUCACACUGUACACAAUACAAACAUGGAAGGAGUAUUUCUGCACAUAUUAGCCGACACCCUUGGCAGUGUAGGAGUGAUUAUAUCUACCAUCCUCAUUCAGACAUUUGGCUGGAGGAUAGCUGAUCCUCUGUGUUCCGUCUUCAUUUCACUUCUCAUUUUUGUUAGCGUCCUACCUCUUGUUAAAGAAACGGCAAAAAUUUUGAUUUUGAAGACACCCGAUGAGUCUAUGAGAAAUUUGGCAUCAGUUUUGCAAAAAUUGAACACGAUGGAUGAGGUGGUAAGUUACAGUGAUGAAAGGUUCUGGAGACAUUCUGCUUCCGUGCUUUGUGGCACAAUUCACAUUCAAGUCAAGCCCGAUGUUGCGGAGCAAAAGAUUGUACAUAAGAUUACGGCAAUGUUCAAAGAUAUUGGCUUCAACAAUCUUUGCAUUCAAAUCGAGAAACCGGCAUUUUAUCAGCAUUUAGCUGGUUUGGGAAUAAAUAACGAGAAGACGAGAAUGAUUAUGAAAAAUUAUGCUUUUAAAUGAUGAAUGUCUUUUUGUUAAUUCUAUUUUUUCAAUUGUUAUAAAAUUUUGCAUAUAAAUAAAAAAAUAGCGAAAAUAAAAGGCUAAUGUAAAAGGGG